AUGGAGUUCUUGAUCAAAUUCGCGCAGGCGCAUGAGACCUUUCGAGUCCCCGAAAUUGAGGCACUGGCCCUGAUUGAGGGACUGGAAAUGGAAAUAGUUGACUAUAGUCAAGAUUCCCCCUUUUGUGUCGUACAACUGGCUUCAGUCGAAGCCGCUCAGCGCCUGGCCAAGAGAUCCAUCCUUAUCCAGUCUAUACAUGAGCUCUGGGGAAAAGGAAGCACCCUGGAAGAACUUCACGAAUCUGUCAGGACAAACACAUCUCACAUAUGGGACAGUUAUCUCGGAAAAUCAUUCAAGUUUGAUGUUGAUCCCUACCAAGGGACUCGCUCUGCGAAAAAGCGCAUUGAACUCAUUAACUCCUUCAGGUUUCUUGGAUGGACUGGGCCUGUAAAAAUGUCUAACCCCGACAACUUGUUCACCAUAUUCGAGAUGUGGCCUUACGACAGUGUACCCCUAAACAUUCCAGAUCCCACGACCAUGUAUCUUGCCCGCCAUGUUGGCAACUCCUCCCGGGACAUUCUAGUUCGGUUUGACUUGAAGAAGAGAGGGUACAUCUCAACAACAAGUAUGGAUUCGGAGCUCGCACUUGUCACGGCCAACAUCGCCCUGGCUGCUCCUGGUAAGCUAUUCUACGACCCAUUCGUUGGAACAGGCUCCUUUCCCAUUGCAUGUGCUCACUUCGGCGCUCUUGCCUUUGGAAGUGAUAUUGAUGGCCGUAGCAUUCGUGGGGAGGGUGGAAAGAAGAGUCUCAAAGGGAAUUUCGACCAAUAUGGCAUAGGCUCUUGCUUAGGCGAUGUAUUCUCUGCCGACUUGACCAAUACCCCCAUUAGGCGGCAUCGUAGGACAUGGGACGGAAUCGUUUGCGAUCCGCCCUAUGGUGUGCGCGAAGGAUUGAGGGUGCUUGGUCUUCGCGAUCCCGAAAAGACGCCAUGGCUGAUAGAGCAAGGCAAGCAACAUGGAAUGUUCGUUAUACACUGGCCGAUUAUGCCGAAUUUUACGCUGACCAUGCCCUAUAGUUUUAUGGUAAUGCUCGAUGAUAUUCUCGACUUUGCAGCCAAUACUCUCGUUGACGAUGGACGCCUGUCGUUCUGGAUGCCAACUGCCAACGAUGAAAACCAGGAAAUCUCAGUGCCCUCACAUCCUUACAUGGAGGUGGUUGUGGUCUGUACUCAACCCUUCAACAAGUGGUCAAGGAGACUCAUCACUUAUCGUCGAAUUCCCGACUCACAGGUGUCAAAAGCAGCCCUCGAAACCUAUGCAAACCGACAAAAGCUCAAAUUGGAGGGGACAUCAGCAGACGAGCUCAACCCAUUUCGACGUGGAUAUUUCAAAAAGUUUGAGGCAGAUGAAUAA